AUGAUGCACCCGCGCCAACUACGCCAGCAGAUCCACCAGGGACUCAAUUUCGGGCUAGUGCUCGCCAGCGCCUUCAUGUUCUGGAAGUUCCUUUCGGUGUUGACCUCUAGCGAAUCCCCAGUGGUCGUGGUGUUGUCUGGGUCGAUGGAACCGGCAUUCCAAAGAGGUGAUGUGCUUUUCCUUUAUAACCGUGACAAUUACGUCGAUGUUGGAGAUAUAGUGGUGUAUCAAGUCAAGGACAAGAGUAUUCCAAUUGUGCACCGUGUCAUGAACGAACAUCACAUCGAAUACACCACCCUGGCCCAACAACAACAACAACAACAACAACAAGCGAAAUCCCUGGGGUCGGAAUAUAGUCCAUUGGUUCACACUUCUGGCGGGAAACAGCUACUUCUUACUAAAGGUGACAAUAACCCUGUGAAUGAUUUGGGAUUAUACGGAAGAAACCAAGGGUACCUCAAUAGAGACGACGAUAUUUUAGGGGUGGUGAAAGGUUACGUCCCAUUUGUCGGUUAUAUCACAAUUUUGAUCACCGAGAAUGUUUAUUUGAAGUACGCCAUGAUUGGGUUCAUGGCAAUCUCUGCCUUGUUGUCUAACGAAGAAUGA